AUGCCUAAAGGAAAGAAAAAAGGAAAAUAUGAGCAUAGAAGAACUGAGUUGCCGUACUCAUCAGACGAAGAUGCUGGAAUUGAUAUGACCAACGACAACUACUCGGAAACAUCGGGACAAUCUGACUUGAGGAGCCACGAUGAUGCUGAAAAUGAAAUUCAAGAAAAAUUAGAAGAGAAAGUGUUAGAAAUCAUUGAUGCGCUUAGUGCUAGAGCUAAUGCGGCUCGCGCGGCCGCUUUAGUAGCGCUACGUAAUGCUUUACAAAGACGUUACUUGGCUCAUUUGUUGAGCGGACAGAGGGUCACACUCGCUGAACACAUCACUAAGGCUUUGAGGAGAGGCAAAGAUGGUGAAAAAAAGGCAGCGGCCGCAGUCGCACCAUUAUUAGCUUUACAGAUUGGUGAAGAAGGUACUGAGGAAUUCAUGUCUGAAGUUCGUCCGGCUCUGUUUGCGGCUGCCACUGACAAAACGGCCUCACUGGACACUCGCACUGAGUGCUGUUCAUCUUUGGCCGUACUCUGCUAUCUGCUGGAAGAAGAUCUCAAUGAAAUUUUAGAAGUUAUGAAGAUGUUUGAAACUAUAUUCAGCGGCAGCUACCUUAAGGGAGACGGCAGUGUGAAGGUGUCAGGAGCGGCGGUGGAGGAGGGGUCGUGGCACGCGGCGGCUCUGGACGGGUGGGCGCUGCUGCUGGCGCUGCUGGACGGACGGCACGCGGCCGACACCCUCCGCGACCGGCCGCCCUCCUUCACCCGCCUGGCCGAGCUGCUGGACGCCUGCAGUCUCGACGUGCGGCUCGCGGCCGGCGGGGCGCUGGCCGCCGCGCACGAGCGGGCAGCACACGGGGACGCUGACGGACAUGUAGCCUGGGACGAGCCCGCCGCCACGCCGCGACUAGUACUACUGGCGCGGGACUCACACAAGUACCGCGCCAAGAGGGACCGCAAGCUGCAGCGGGCCACCUUCAGGGACAUACUCAAGUACUUCGAGGACGGAGAGAUCGAUGAGGAGCGGGUCCGCGUGGGGACCGAGACGCUGUGUGUGGACAGCUGGGCCGCGCGCGCCGCGUACUCGGCGCUGGCUGCCUCCCUGGGCGCGGGCCUGGCGCUGCUGGCGCCGCACGUGGCCGCGCUCCGGACCGCGCUGGGCCUGCCGCCCGCCGCGCCGCACGCCGCGCCCAGAGCUAAACUCAACAAGCUGCAGAGACAUCUUCAAAACACGGCGGCGUGUAAGGCCCGCACACUGGCCCGCAACAAGAGCCGGGACAAGCGCUCGGCGGCGCUGGCUCUGUGA